CGUCUUUUGUUCUAACGCUAGAAUUAGUCUCCGUCUUUUGUUCUAACGCUAGAAUUAGUCUCCGUCUUUUGUUCUAACGCUGAGUGUUUUUUUGUCGUGAACAAACACGUUUGUUGACAUUGGCAAUGUAGAAGUUGUAGCUAAAUACAGCGAGAUAAUGUAACGUAAAUGAUGUGUUGUCCAAAUAUAGUUUAAUUAUCUAGGACAUGCUGUGCCUGCUUCCCCUCCCAAGUCGCACAGUCAAAAACGGCUGGGAAUAAAUGUGGAACAGGAAUCUAUUCCAAAAACGUUGUAAAUAACAAGGUUUCCAACAUACAACAGAGUUGUUCAUCGGCAGAAUAAGAUACCAGAUCCACAAGGAGAAUGUUUCAGCUUGGAAGCCAGCUGGCCCAGUUUCACUUCUCCACAGGACCCAGUACUGCUAUUGCAGGUGCCACAGGAGACAGUACACAGCCUACCCUAACAGUACAGGACUUUAUCCAACGUGUCAGGAAACUUGGCGGACUGAAAAAAGAGAACAUUUUCUGCGACCUACGAGUCCCGACCCAGUUUCAAACCACCAAGGCAGACGACAUCGACCUCGUCAUCCUCACAGGUCACGGGGUGUUCUGCAUCGACGUGAAGCCCUGGAGAGGAACGGUGUCUUCCCAGCGGCAGCAAUGGCACGUCCAGCUCAAAGAACAGCACCGCAACUUUACCAACACCUCCAUCGAACAGGUGGCUGACCCCAUUGAGGCCGUCAUGACCAAGACAACUAACCUGUGGCAGUACCUGAGGAGGAGCGGCCUGUCGGUGCGUCAGGAGCUCUUCCUACCCAGGCUAGUCUUCCUCGCCCCAGACUGCCAGCUGGAUGAAGAGUUGAGGAAGAGGAGGGAGCUGGUCUCCCACAGUCAAAUAGAUGAGUUCCUCCGCUCCUUCAGAGAGGACUAUGUAGCCUGGAUAUCAGACGCCCUGACUCCUGCCUGGCUGUCUGGUCACCUGUCGUACCGUCAGAUAGGGGAGCUGAAACAAGUGGUGAGGAAAAUGGGGACCUGGGACCUGGUCAGACUACAGGGAGGAGAGCAGCUCAAGGGAGACUUCCGGAGCUGUCCUUACAUCGCUCUGAACCGCCAGGAGACUGACACCAUGGAGUUCUUUAAGAUCAAAACCCUGUCUGCUAAUUCGCUGUGGGCUCUGCUGGGACACGCCCCUCAGGUGACGGUGAAGAUGUAUAAACGCGGAGCUCCAGGCUGGCUGGGGAAGCCCCUGACGUCCACCAGCACCAUCCCCCACAACACACAGGUCAUCUUCCGGAUCAACGGAGAGGGAACGGACGCCAGGAUCUCCGCCAGCACCAUCCAAAGCAUCACACUCAGCAUAUGACUCUUUUUACCCUUGGUUACGGCCCAAAUGUCACCCUAAAUGGUACACUACUUUUAAUGUCGCCCUAUAUAGUACACUACUUUAGUGUCGCCCUAUAUAGUACACUACUUUUAAUGUCGCCCUAUAUAGUACACUACUUUUAGUGUCGCCCUAUAUAGUACACUACUUUUAAUGUCGCCCUAUAUAGUACACUACUUUAGUGUCGCCCUAUAUAGUACACUACUUUUAGUGUCGCCCUAUAUAGUACACUACUUUUAAUGUCGCCCUAAAUAGUACACUACUUUUAGUGUCGCCCUAUAUAGUACACUACUUUUAGUGUCGCCCUAUAUAGUACACUACUUUUAGUGUCGCCCUAUAUAGUACACUACUUUUAGUGUCGCCCUAUAUAGUACACUACUUUUAGUGUCGCCCUAUAUAGUACACUACUUUUAGUGUCGCCCUAUAUAGUACACUACUUUUAGUGUCGCCCUAUAUAGUACACUACUUUUAGUGCCGCCCUAUAUAGUACACUACUUUUAGUGCCGCCCUAUAUAGUACACUACUUUUAGUGUCGCCCUAUAUAGUACACUACUUUUAGUGUCGCCCUAUAUAGUACACUACUUUUAGUGUCGCCCUAUAUAGUACACUACUUUUAGUGUCGCCCUAUGUAGUACACUACUUUUAGUGUCGCCCUAUGUAGUACACUACUUUUAGUGUCGCCCUAUGUAGUACACUACUUUUAGUGUCGCCCUAUGUAGUACACUACUUUUAGUGUCGCCCUAUGUAGUACACUACUUUUAGUGUCGCCCUAUAUAGUACACUACUUUUAGUGUCGCCCUAUGUAGUACACUACUUUUAGUGUCGCCCUAUGUAGUACACUACUUUUAGUGUCGCCCUAUGUAGUACACUACUUUUAGUGUCGCCCUAUGUAGUACACUACUUUUAGUGUCGCCCUAUGUAGUACACUACUUUUAGUGUCGCCCUAUGUAGUACACUACUUUUAGUGUCGCCCUAUGUAGUACACUACUUUUAGUGUCGCCCUAUGUAGUACACUACUUUUAGUGUCACCCUAAGUAGUACACUACUUUUAGUGUCGCCCUAAAUAGUACACUACUUUUAGUGUCGCCCUAUAUAGUACACUACUUUUAAUGUCGCCCUAUAUAGUACACUACUUUUAGUGUCGCCCUAUAUAGUACACUACUUUUAGUGUCGCCCUAUAUAGUACACUACUUUUAGUGUCGCCCUAUAUAGUACACUACUUUUAGUGUCGCCCUAUAUAGUACACUACUUUUAGUGUCUCCCUAAAUAGUACACUACUUUUAAUGUCGCCCUAUAUAGUACACUACUUUUAAUGUCGCCCUAUAUAGUACACUACUUUUAAUGUCGCCCUAUAUAGUACACUACUUUUAGUGUCGCCCUAUAUAGUACACUACUUUUAGUGUCGCC